GGCGCGUGCGCGGCGCCGGGUGUGCCGGCGGGUGCGGCGGGGCCGGUGCUGCGGGGUUGCGCGCGCCAUGUCGGGGCGCUCGGUGCGGGCCGAGACCCGCAGCCGCGCCAAGGAUGACAUCAAGAAGGUGAUGGCAGCCAUCGAGCGCGUCCGCAGAUGGGAGAAGAAGUGGGUGACGGUGGGCGACACGUCCCUGCGGAUAUUCAAGUGGGUGCCAGUGGCGGACAGUAAGGAGAAAGAGAAAUCCAAAUCGAGUAGCAGCACGGCCCGAGAACCCAAUGGCUUCCCAGCUGACACCUCUGCCAACUCCUCCCUCCUUCUGGAGUUCCAAGGUGCUGUUUCUGCAGAUGAGAACAGCAACCAGAGCUCCCUGUCUGAUGUAUACCAGCUCAAGGUGGACAGCAGUCCCAACUCCAGCCCUAGUCCUCAGCAGAGUGAGUCCAUGAGUCCUGCCCACACAUCUGACUUCCGCACAGACGAUUCACAGCCUCCUACCCUGGGGCAGGAGACCCUGGAAGAGCCCUCCCUGCCUUCCUCAGAAGUGGCAGAUGAGCCUCCCACUCUCACAAAGGAAGAGCCAGUCCCCCUUGAGACUCAGGUAACUGAAGAGGAUGAGGACUCUGGUGCGCCACCUCUGAAGAGAUUUUGUGCUGACCAGAACUCUGUGUGCCACACAGCCUCGGAGAGCUAACCUGCCUGGCCUGGCACUUUCGCCAACCCCUUGCAGAGCUGCCUGGCCCCCCCCAGGACCAGCGCUUCCCUCCAGCCUGCCCCUUCCCCAGUGUCGGGGCUCCCACCACUCGCAUCAAGUGCGCCCUGCCCUGUCCUGUCCUGCCCUGCCCUGCCCGAUGGAUGGGGCUGCUGCCAGUACCUGCAAAUUUGCCUCUAUUUAUUGGCUCCCUCUCUCCCUGCUCCCUGCCCUAGAGCUGGGGCUCUUCGCUGGGUGGGCUGCAUGUUUGGGAAGGUUCUCCAUGGGGCUCCCUGCUCUCUAUGGUCCCCAGGACACUAGCAGAUGCUGUUUGCCUGCUUGUGGCUCCCCUGCCUGCCCUUCCCCUAGGUGCUGGGUACAGGAGAGCCACCUUCCACCUGCUCCAGGUGGUGUGUUCACUCGGUUGUGGGAGCGGGUGGUGGUGGGUGUGGGGGGCAGUGAGGGGGUGGCUGGCAGGGACCCACUGGGACGCUGUGCAAUAAGCUGCUAGUUUAAGCCAUUCAUGCUGGGAGAGAGGGGAGCGUUUUCCCCUCCCAGGGGGCAGGUACUGUCAGGCCUCGGCUCUGCCUCGGGGCACAACUCCAGCCGAGUGGAAUUUGCAGUCCCCCGGGAGCCGGUGGAGCACGGGGAGCCGCUGACCUGUGCUGGAGGGCCUUGCCCCGGUCUAGGUACCCGCUAUCCCCUAGGUGGGAAAGGAUAGCAGGGUGCUAGAGCUCCCGGGAAGCGCUCCCGCUUUGGGACUUCUGCCGCCCCCCGAUACCCGCUGCCCGCCCAGCCCCACUCCCCCCGCUGCCACUGCAUGUCCCGCCGAGUCCGUAAUCGAGCCUGGUGAAGCUGGAGGCGCGGCCGCGCGUGGAAGUGGAAAGUUAUUUUAGCACUGAAUAGAAUAUUUUUAAAAUUAAACUGUUUGAAAUACG